AUGAUGCCCAUCGAAAACGCCCUGCCGCCAUCUCGCCGAGGUCAGAAGGGCAUCCGGUCAGACAUGAUGACCGACCUUAGGAAGAGAUUGGAAGAAAACCCUUACGACCUCGAAAAGAACCCCAAAGGCAUAAUCGACCUCGGAUCUGCUGUCAACGACCUAAUGCUUGAUGACCUGUCCGGGUGGACAAAACGGAACAUCAAGAAAGGCCAGCUGAAGAGCAGUGAGUAUCCAUCACAUUGGUCCCAUUCCCUCCUCAGAUGGACUGACUUCUGUCGAGCUCCUGGCUGUAAAGAUCAACAGGACCACCCAAGCCUACCGAAAGUCGCUGCUGAUUUUAUGAACGAACACUUUCGAGUCCGCCUCCCACUUACCAGCGACAACAUUCUGGCGGCGAACGGUGUGACGACAAUACUGGACAGCCUCAUCUACAACAUCACCAAUGAAGGAGACACAAUCCUCAUCCCCACACCCAGUUACGGCAUGUUUGCCCAGGACGUCUGGACAAGGAACGGCGUACGUGUCGUCGAAGUACCAUGUGACGACAUCCACGAAGAGCGGUUCUGGGGCCCCCCACCACAAGAUGACAGCCCCGUCCAGACCCCAGAAGUGGUCAGGCGUCUUGAGGUCGCGAUAGAGGACGAGCUGAGCCGGAAAGGCAGAGUCGGAGGCAUCGUCCUGGUCAACCCCGACAACCCGCUGGGCCGAUGUUACGCCGCCCACGUGCUGCUGCAAGUGUCGCAGCUUUGCGCAAGGCACAAGAUUCAUCUGAUCGUUGAUGAGAUAUACGCAAUCAGCGCUGGGGAUCGCUUUUCAAGCGUCUUGAGCCUCGGUCUUGACGUCAACUUCAGAAACGUCCAUGUCCUCUGGGGUCUAAGCAAGGAUUUCGGUCUCAGUGAUCUCAGGGUCGGCUUUCUGGCAACGUACAAUUCGCAGGUUUACGAGGCGAUGAGGGCGUUAACCAUGUUUGGGCAGGUGUCGUCCUUCAGUGCAACAGUGGCAGCGACUCUGUUGUCUGACACAAAGUACCUGAGGAACCACUACCUACCGUCAUUCCGCCGCCGCCUGGACAAGAGACGAAAGAUGGUCGAGGAGACACUCGAUAACUAUGAGAUCCCACACGUCAAGCCAGAAGCUGGCUUCUUCGUCUUCGUUGACCUGUUCAAGUGGGUGGAGCUGUACCUCCAGAAGCACGGCAAGGGGGGCGACUUGGCUUUCCUCGAGUACUUGAUGAAGCAGCGCGUCUUCCUCGAGCCCGGCCAGGCACUCUUCUCCCAACGGACCGGCUGGUUCCGGCUCAACUUUGGCGGCGAGAAGGAGAGUUUCAAGCUGGGCCUCCAGAGACUCCUGCACUGCCUGAGGUUGCUCGACGGCCAAGAGCACCAUGAACCUUUCACCCAGGCCCCGGAACUGUAUUUUCCGCCACCAAAAGCGAUGGCCCAUUUCCUGGCUGUGUAA